AAAUCAGCGACUCGAUGCGGAACAGGGAGAAAGUGAGGUGAGGAUAGCGGGCGUUCGUAGAUAGAGGGGCCGACGACAGUUGCCCUUCAUCAUUCAUAGCACAUUUUGAACUGUUGUGGACCCCCCGGUGUUUCUGUUUUAACCGGCUGGACUGGGUUAUACGCUGAAGAUAUUGCUGUGAAAAUGGCGCAGCCAGACAGCAAGAAGAUAUUCUUUGAGAACCUGUCAGGAGCCGGGAAAGCCAUAGCGGUUCUGACGAGCGGCGGGGAUGCUCAAGGCAUGAAUGCUGCCGUACGUGCCGUGGUUCGAAUGGGGUUAUAUGUGGGUGCAAAAGUUUAUUUCAUUCAUGAGGGAUAUCAGGGUAUGGUGGAUGGUGGGGACAACAUAAGGGAAGCCACAUGGGAAAGUGUCUCCAGCAUGCUACAAGUGGGUGGGACUGUUAUCGGUAGUGCCCGCUGCAAGGAGUUUCGCAGUCACGAAGGACGCCUGAAGGCAGCUCAUAACCUGGUGCAGCGCGGCAUCACCAACCUGUGUGUGAUCGGUGGGGAUGGCAGCCUGACUGGAGCCAACCUCUUCAGGGAGGAGUGGAGCGGGCUGCUGGCAGAGCUGGUGGAGCAAGGUUUAAUUGAGGAAGAUGCCGUCCAGAAGUACUCGGCCCUUCACAUCGUGGGGAUGGUCGGCUCCAUCGAUAACGACUUCUGUGGAACUGACAUGACAAUCGGCACUGACUCUGCUUUGCACAGAAUCAUCGAGGUGGUGGAUGCAAUUAUGACAACUGCACAGAGUCACCAGAGGACAUUUGUAUUGGAGGUCAUGGGCAGACACUGUGGCUACCUGGCGUUGGUGAGCGCUCUGGCUUGCGGGGCAGACUGGGUGUUAAUCCCCGAAAUGCCUCCAGAGGAUGGCUGGGAGGAGAAGAUGUGUCAGAAACUAUCUGCGAACCGAGCAGGGAUGAAAAGGCUGAAUAUCAUAAUUGUAGCCGAAGGGGCGAUUGAUCGUAGCAACAAACCGAUUACCACUGACUAUAUUAAGAAUCUUGUUGUUAAAUGCUUGGGUUUCGACACGCGAGUAACAAUCCUGGGGCAUGUGCAGAGAGGAGGGACCCCGUCUGCCUUUGACCGCAUCUUGGCCAGUCGUAUGGGUGUGGAGGCUGUUCUGGCUCUUCUGGAGACCACCGCCAACACUCCGGCCUGUGUGGUCUCUCUGUAUGGGAACCAAUCGGUGCGCCUGCCUCUGAUGGAGUGUGUACAGAUGACUCAGGAAGUUCAGAAGGCCAUGGACCAGAAACGGUUUGAGGAGGCUGUGAAGCUUCGGGGCAGGAGCUUUGAAAACAACCUGAAGACAUACAAACUGUUGGCUCAUCGGAAACCAGAAACUGAACUGCCAACUAGCAACUUCAAUGUGGCUGUAUUGAAUGUUGGAGCCCCUGCAGCAGGCAUGAAUGCUGCCGUCCGUUCGGCCGUCAGGGUGGGCAUCUCUGAAGGGCACAAGAUGUUUGCGGUCAGCGAUGGGUUUGAGGGAUUCUACAAAGGACAGAUUAAGGAGAUUAAAUGGGCGGAUGUUGGAGGAUGGACAGGACAGGGUGGUUCUCUACUGGGAACCAAAAGAACGCUUCCUGCAAAGCACAUUGAUAAAAUUGCUGAGCAGAUGCGAAUGCACAAUAUAAAUGCACUGCUGGUUAUCGGUGGAUUUGAGGCCUUCCUGUCACUGCUGGAAUUGUUAACGGCUCGCGGGAAAUAUGACGAGUUCUGUGUGCCCAUGGUCAUGGUCCCAGCCACUGUCUCCAACAAUGUGCCGGGCUCAGACCUCAGCAUUGGCGCUGACACGGCUCUGAACGCCAUCACUACUGCGUUUGAGAGUCUGCUGCAGCUGUAUGAGGCUCGUGCUACCUAUGAAGAGUUUUGCAUCCCGAUGUGUAUGCUGCCUGCAACCAUAAGUAACAAUGUACCGGGCACAGAUCUAAGUAUCGGGGCAGACACGGCCCUCAAUGCCAUUGUGGAGACUUGCGACCGCAUCAAGCAGUCGGCCAGCGGGACCAAGAGACGCGUGUUCAUCAUUGAGACGAUGGGAGGCUACUGUGGCUACCUGGCCAGUGUAGGAGGUCUGGCUGCUGGAGCCGAUGCUGCCUACAUCUUUGAGGAGCCAUUCGACAUCAGAGACUUGCAGGCCAAUGUUGAACAUCUGACAGAGAAAAUGAAGACCAGCAUUCAAAGAGGACUGGUCCUCAGGAAUGAGAACUGCAAUGACAACUACACAACAGACUUCAUCUACCAGCUGUACUCUGAAGAGGGCAGAGGAGUGUUUGACUCCAGGAAGAAUGUGCUGGGACACAUGCAGCAGGGAGGAGCACCGUCUCCAUUUGAUCGUAACUUUGGGACCAAGAUCUCAGCCAAGGCGAUGCAGUGGAUUACCAAAAAGCUGACGGAGACGUUCAGACAAGGUGAGGUUCAUGUCUGGUGUUGUUAGCGAGCUGACCUGUGCUAGUGGAUCCUCCUUCCCUACAGAAGCGUGGCCGUUGUGAAGCAGAUCUGUCAUGGAGUCACUGUGUCUGGCAUUUUGAUGUAUUUUGUCUUCUCAAAGGAAAUUAAUUAUUGAUCAUUUACACCCAUCAAUGUAACAGUUUAAUGAGAAAUUCCCCUGACUAUAUAUUUUCAUUUGACAAAUAGCAACUGUGAAUGAUAUAUGAUCAAAUAUCCUGCCUUAAAACCAAACUGCAUGACUAAAAUUAAAGUAAAAACUCCUCUUUGUUUGUUCUAUGUCUAUUUCUCUUACACAUGGAUGACAAAAGAUGAAGGCCGAGUGUUUGCUAACACUGAGGACUCCUGCUGCCUGCUGGGGAUGCGCCGCAGGGCUCUGGUCUUUCAGCCUGUUGUGCAGCUCAAGGGGGAGACCGACUUUGUCCACAGGAUCCCCAAGGAGCAGUGGUGGUUGAAGCUGCGUCCUCUGAUGAAGAUCUUGGCCAAGUACAAGACGAGCUACGACGUCUCUGACUCCGGGCAGCUGGAGCACGUCGUACGCAACCGGCCCAAAGAGUCGGACGCUUCGGUAGCCAUGUGAAGGACCGCGCUGUACGGUGGCCUGCAAAGCCCAGUCUGUGUGUAGGACUGAAAGUGUGUGAGGUGUCGCUCCGUGUGUUGUAAAAGAGCCCCAGUAACAACAUGCUGUGUUCAUCUCCUGCCUCUGUCAUUCCCUUCAGUGUUGCUCCUUUGUUUUGUCUUGACAUCACGACUUAAGAACUGUAACCUAGCCUCUGCCGUACUCCGACUAUCAAACGCACACAUGCUUUUGCACACACAUACACGCACACACACACACGGCUGUCCUGCCAUGCAUCUGUGUGUCCUUGUCGCCCUGGAUGUUUAGUGUCACCGUUUUUAAAAUGCACUUUCUCUGUCUCCAGUCGCUUAGACAGGCUCUGAUUCCAGAGCAGCACGAGGACAGAAUAGACACUGUCUCUGAAGUAAAAACCAGCGUGUUUCUGCCUAGAAUGAGUGUGAAGUUCAGCAUAUUUAUGUGAGACUGAUUCAGUUCAGUUCUGCUGCUGCUAGUCAAGAGAGCUGCGUGCUGUGCUUUGCACUGAAAAUUAAUAUUUAUCUUUUUGACAUUGUUUAUUUUGCUCGUAAUCAUGGAUAUAUUAUUAACUGUAGGCACUGCUGUACCGAGUAGCUGUCUGUCAUGUUGCACCUACGAGUUAGAUGUGUAAGAGACUAAUGUUUCCCACAGAAUAAAAUCAGACUUGAGAAGUG